AUGAAGCUUGGCACGAAGCUAGCCGACACCCUGAAUGAUCUCAUGGACUACUUUUUAAAAAAUCCCACGGGAAAGCCGUUCCAAGGCGCAACAAAUCCCACGGGAACAUCCAGUUGUAGUUUAAAUUCAUUAUUUGCGAAAUCAUUAAUGUUUCGGCAUCGAUGGAACAUUACACCAUGCGACUAUUCAAAUGUCAGUACACCCCCGCCAGUGACAAGAUCACGCAAGGCCGCCCCAGACCUGCAGCAUGUAGACCUCAGCUACGAUCAGUUCGCUCGACUGCUAGAUUCUAAGCUGGAUAUCAAGUUUGAUUUCAAAUUUAAGGAGCUGAAUGCUAUCAUAAUUGAGUUAAAAGUGGAUUUUACGAAAACUACAGACUUUCUGUCUGCACAACAAGAUGAUCUGAAGCGGGACCUUGGGAAUAUGGUGGAGAUUCUGGAGCGUGAGAAUGCUCUACUGCGCACUGAGAUAGCCACCACAAAAAAACUGAUCUCAGAGGCCAACGCAAGCGGAUUGUACGGACUGAUCAGUCAACUUCAAUCCGAUCUGAAUGAACGCGACCAACAAACACUCAUCAAUGAUGUGGAGAUCUCAUGCAUCCCUGAGUUUGAGGGUGAGUCCGCUGUACACCUCGUCAAAGUGGUGAGUGCCAAGCUGGGAGUGAAGCUGGGGGAGUCGGAUGUGGUGAGCGCAUCCCGCGUCGGGGCCCGGCGUGGUGCGGUGGAGACCAGCGACGUGGUGGGCCGCGCGCUACGUGACCAGCUCGUCAACAACGCGCGAGUGCGCCGAGGCGCCUCUACUGCAGACCUCGGCCUGUCACCGCAUGCUGAGCAACGCCUGUACGUGAACGAGCGCCUUACCAAGGCGAAUAGACAGAUCUUUGGUAAGGCGAGAGAAUUGGCCCGCACCCAUGGUUGGAAGUUUGUGUGGACCAGAGAAGGCCAUGUCAAGGUGAGGCGUGAUACACAUGCACCCAUUCAUCAAAUUCGGUCCGCUACAGACUUGAAUAACAUUUUUGGUUUGCAAGAUAAAAUUAAAUAG